UAACCUCACUUUUAUGCUCAAACAAAUUUUCCCUGGUUGAGAAAAAAGGCAAAUAAACAGAAGGGGAUUCAUCAAAAGAGCCCUAUUUAUUUGAUAAAAUCCUCUUGGGAACUGUAAGGAUUGAUUUAUAAUCAUAUAAUCUUACCGAACUCCUUACAAUUGUUACCAUGUCGGACGAGGAAUCAGUUGUCGAAUAUCUAAAUGGUGCCCUUGUAAGCCAUGAGGUCAGCGAUAAAGUGCAGAAUCUAGCAAAAGUCAAGGAGCUUCUUAUACAUAAGGCCCCUCACCUUUUAGCCAAAUACUUGCCGAAUGUGCUUGGCUUUAUUACCGAGAAACAUCAGGAUGUUAAAAGGAACUUGGUGGGAUUUAUUGAGGAAAUUUGUAAGGUGCGUGAGAACCUAAUCCCCAAAGUAAUGGUAAGCCUCCACAUGUUACUUUGUGAUGAAUCGGUCCAAGUACAAAAAAGAGUAAUCCAAGCAGCGAUCACCAUAUACCGCAGAACUUUAGCAUGGAUUUGUAAAGCUCAAACAAUCACAGAGGAAAUGGAAGAGGGAUGGAAGCAACUGCACACCAUUAAGCUAGAAAUUGCUAAUAUGAUUGAUAGUGAUAAUGAUGGUAUCAGAACAAGUUCGGUAAAGUUUUUGGAAUGUGUUGUGCUACUACAAACUUACCCUGAUGAGACUGAGAACAAAAGACCUAAUGAUUUCUCUCUGGAUAAUGUUCCUUUGACAUUAAAGAUUGCUAGAAGAAGGAAACUUGAAGAGGAAGCAAGUAAUCUCUUUGAACUGUUGGUAAAAUUUCACGGUUCACCACACAUAAGUAGUGCCAAUUUGUUGGCUUGCAUAGGAGUCCUUACAAACAUUGCUAAAAACAGAGCCGAGUUUAUGGGGAGGGUUAUAGAUGCUCUUGAGAAACUUUAUAAUAAUUUACCUCCCACCCUAACCACCACCCAAGUCAGUUCUGUUAAGAAGAAACUGAAAACUGAAUUGUCCAAUUUGGUUAAGCAUCCCGGAGCUUAUGAACAUCUGGGCAGGUUGAGUCCUCUUUUAUUGGAAUUAGGUUGUACCGAGAGCGAAAUAAAGAAAAUGGUGCCGAAAUCGGACGAGCGACGUAGAUACCAAAAGCGCACCCUGGCGGAAUCCUCGGAACGCGCCUCCAAACGAUCCCGAAUGGAAAGAUUAGAGGAGGCACCUGCUCCGUCCGCUUCCUCGGUCGUUAUCGAAGAGGAGGAACCCUCUUUACCUCCCGCGAAAACGCCACACGAAGCCAACGAGAGGUUCAUUAAAGCGAACCUGACGAUCGAGAAAGCCAUUUAUUUGAUCUUCACGAGUAUUCCAAAGUUACCGUUGAAUAUGCCGGUCAGUUUUAAUAAGGAUUACGCGAAAUAUAUGUUGAGCGGCAGGAUCGGACUGGAGCAUUUGGCCGACGUGAUGGCGCAGCAGUUCGUCGAGGCCAAAGUUGGUCCCGGCGUAGAUAUCGUAGUGGAGGAGAGAGUUGAGGUGACGAAAAGGAAACGGGAACUUGAAGAGAGUAUGAAGGAGGAGGAAUUGAAGCCGGCCAAAAAAGAUAAACCAAAACCCCCCAAAACCAAAUCGCUAAAACUCCAAGAGAUCACUCGACCCCUUUCACGAGAAACCAAAGAACAGUUACUCGUAUCGGCAGUGAAACGCCUCAUCAGUUGCGACAAGAUCCGUAACAAAAAUUUGCAACAGAAAAUCGUCACCACUUUUGCAAGUAACUUUAACGCAGCGGUGCGGGAAACUGUGUUAACGCACUUAUUGGCCGACUUAAGAAGCCACGUGGAUACGGCCCUGGCUUGGCUGUUUGAGGAAUACAGUAUAACGCAAGGAUUUGCCAGAAUUCCUCCGUUAAGGAAGGGAAUAAGGCCGGAGGAGUGUUACAAUAUUCUUUUGUGCAGUUUUAUUCAGUCGUCAUCGCACGACGCUAUAAUUUUAUCCAGGUUGUUGUUGGAGGCUCCCAUGAUAACUGACGAAGCUUUGGAGGAGGUCAAGAUCAUUUGUAGGGACGAUCGAAGAUCGGGUUGGGCUUUAGGCCUCCUAAGAGACCUGACACUAAGAAAACCCCCGAAGCAACUGACAUUCCUCAACGCCCUUUUGAAUUAUACCACUUACGAAUCGAAUGUGGUAAAAGAAGCCGCCAUCGGACACGUUUUGGACUUACACAAACAGUACGAGCUCCGAUUGAUUAUCGAGGAGUUCGCUAAGAUGAAUUUAGAGUUCCUUAAACUUUCGAAACCACCAGAGAGCUUAUGUGGAGAAAACCAAGGACGUAUCAAAAGUGAAUAUUGGGGAGACGAUUUUAUCAAAGCCUGUUUGUUACCUUACAUCUCGCUAUUGCCAGUUAAUCCGUCUUUAAUUCACGACUUGGCUAAAGUGUAUAUCCAGACUAGUGCAGAAAUAAAACGUAUCAUUUUACGUUUAAUAGAAAACCCUAUACGCCAAAUGGGAAUGGACUGUCCCGAUUUGAUUAAACUGGUAGAAGAGUGUGAAAAGGGUUCGGAAACGUUGGUCACAAGGGUGAUUCAUAUUUUAACCGAUAAGGGGGCGCCCAGUGCAGAACUCGUUGACAAAGUUAAGGCACUUUAUAACACCAAAGUGUCGGACGUUAGAUUUUUGAUUCCUGUGUUGAAUGGUUUGUCCAAACAAGAGAUUACAGCGGCCCUACCAAAACUGAUAAAACUAAACCCGGUGGUAGUCAGAGAGGUCUUUAAUAGACUUUUGGGACUUCAUGGCGACAGUCCGAUUUCGCCUACAGAGCUAUUAGUCGCGUUACACAUCGUGGACACCAGCCAAGCUGACCUCAAGACUAUUAUUAAAGCCAUCACGCUUUGUAUGCAAGAAAAACAGGUUUACACCCAAGAAGUUUUAGCUGUGGUGUUACAACAGUUAAUGGAGCAGACACCUUUGCCGACACUUUUAAUGAGAACGGUAAUUCAAGCGUUGGGAAGCUAUCCACGUCUGUCUGGAUUUGUUAUGAAUAUUUUGCAGAGGCUUAUUUUAAAACAGGUGUGGAAACACAAAGUGGUCUGGGAAGGUUUCAUAAAGUGCUGUCAACGUACCAAACCGCAAAGUUUCGCGGUUCUAAUGCAACUGCCCGCUCCCCAGUUGAAGGAGGUGUUGGCCACGUGCAAGGAAUUGAAGCAACCGCUCCAAGAGCACCUGAACACUUUUACCGAAGCACAGAGGAUGCACGUGCCCGCCUCCGUACAGGAAAUUAUUCUGGGUAAUCCGGUGCAGGCUGCUAAGGCAGUUCCGGUUCCGGAACCCGCUGCUGUCGCUAACGCAUCUUCGACGGGUUCUGCGACGGGUUCCGGAAGUGAACCGAAUUUGACGAUCGCCGAGGAUUCCCCGAUGAAUGCCCCUCCUCCAAAUGUGAUGGUCGUACCUACGGAACCGUUGCCUCCGGGAAUGGAGUAGCUCGACCAAGACGAUUAACAUUAUUUUUUUUAAGUAUAUCAUUAAAUUUUAAUUAAUUAAUUAUUGUAAGUUUAAUUAAUAAAAAAAUAUUAAAACAAGCCUA